AUGACGCGCCUACACUUCAAGGGAGGUGCGUGGACAAACAGUGAAGAUCAGGUACUCCGUGCGUCUCUUACGGUGUAUGGACUGCAGAACUGGGAACGCGUGGCCUCAACGCUGGUAAAAAAAACUGCAACCCAGUGCCGGGAGCGCUGGGAAAAUUUUCUCGACCCUCGGCUAAACAUUAACGAAGCGUGGACGGCGGAGGAAGAGGAGAACCUUGUCCAACUGCAGUCGCUCUUUCCAAACCAAUGGAGUCUGAUAUCUCAAGAAGUGUCACGUCGUUGUGGUAUGAACAGGCCGGCGUGGUUGUGCGAGGAGCAAUAUCACUCCCUGCUUGACGCACUAGAGUAUAGGCGGCAGCAGGAGUCCAGCGAGUCCAGAAACAGUGCUUCCCUUACCUUAGGAGAGUUUCUUGAGGAGCGCAAGCGGCAGCGCGGGGUCCACAGGGGUAUCGAGACGCGCACCGCUCGUCCAGACGCUGUAAACAUGGAAGCGUCUGAGAAGGAGAUGGUCGAGUUUGCCAUGAGCCGAUUGGCCAAUCAAGAUGGGAAAAAGGGGCUGCGCAAAGAGCGCAGGAAACAGCUGGAGCACACAAGCUUCCUGGCUAAACUCCAAAGUAACCGCGAGGCUAUCGAAUCCGGCACGUUGUCGGCCAGGGCGAAGAAGCGGAUGGAACGAGCCAUGAUGGAGGAUCGUUCCGGACCGAGUGAGGCAUAUCUUGUGGACAGCAUUACGGAGGACAUCGGGGAAGGCGGUGAAGGUGAAGAGUCAAUUGCCUCGACAAAAGGAAAAUUUCAGCCAAUCGAUCUUGGCACAGACAAAAGGGCUGCUGGGAUACAGCCGAAACAGCGCGUUCUUGUCAAGGAGCUUCGCAGCACCGUUGACUCAGAUGCAGGCCUACCGCCGCCGAAAGGUGCGUCGUCUACCGGUUUAAACUUGAACUUGUUGCGUGUUGCAAGCGCCGGUGCAGCUUCCCUCACACCACAGUUGGAAAAUAAUAAGGUUGUGGCUUCACUCGAGUGGGUGUCUAAGAGCACCGGCAGCGGCUGCAGUGUUGGUGAACCUAGAAGUGAUGCUGACCCGUCUUCCGUUGGUCACGAGCGUGUGGAUCUUGACGAUCUUUUUGCCUCCUUGCCACGUGUGGUUGAUGAAUCGCGCAAGCUCGUCGCUGGAACAGAAACAAACAUCGAUACUUUGUUCGGUGACCUUCCAGACCCAUUUCCUGGCAACCAUGAAGCAGAGGAGGGGCUCAAGGAGGUACCAUCGGCUCCUGCUAGUGAAGACUUUGGGAGGUCCUCGUCGCGCCCCUCAGUGGGAUCAGUCGGCGACACGCCAGUUCUUUUGGACUUCACCUCACCGAGUGGUCGCACCCUUCUUGGUGAAGCAAAACGGCGCGUCGCGGCCGUAGGACGCCACAUGUUUCUUCACAGCAAAAGGAGCCGUGGCGACAGUUAUGAGCAGUGCCAAGGUGUGAACGAGGUGGUGAAUGAUGAUUUGGGCGAUGGAACCACAAGGCAACUUGUGUACGCCCUCAUUGCGAAUCAGCUCGGUAUAACAACACAACUGCUGCUGCAUGGGAGUGCUGCUCGAAAAGGGUGUGUGAAUGGUCCUGGAGCGAUCACGCAACAAAGGAAGGGCGUUGGUGCUGCCUCCCUGGGGUUGCGAAGGGGUGGAGGUGUGCUGGAUGAGCAGGUCUCUAAAGUUGCAGAAUGCCAAGAGGAGUCUGACCCUGAUCUAUGGAGAUCCGUGAAAGCGAGUGAAGCCAUCAUCCAACUUGACAAUCAGUUGCACCAGCAAAGGGGGCAGGUCGAAGCGCUCGUCUCGGAGUGUUCGGAGUCGGUGGGGUCAGGAAAGCCGGGGGUAAAAUGCCCUGAACGUAUAAUAAGUGUUUGCUUCUCGCCCCGCUCCGGUUAUACGUAUGUUUGCCCCACUGCGUCCGGCACUGCAGCGAAGUACGGUGCCAAGGGUUACGGCUGCGGCAUACAUCGGUUGGUCCAGAGCAUUUGCCUUUUUUGGAGUGAACGGCUGCGGGAAGCACAGAGAAAGCUCAUCUUUUACACUGAGGUGCGCAGGGCAGAACAAAGGGAAAUGAAGAGGCGGCUUGAGUGUGUCGCUAGCCAGUUGGAGGCAGUGGAGCAGAAGGAGCGCACCCUGCAGGAAGAGUUCCGCAACAAACAGGUCAGCUAA